AUGGCGGAUUACCAGCAGCACCACCCGACAGAGAAGGGUCAGGGUCGUCCUUCAACCUCACAAGUCUUGGCGGUGGUCACUCUUUUACCAAUAGGCGGCGUUCUCCUUUGCCUUGCUGGUCUGACUCUGGCCGGCUCCCUUAUCGGGCUUGCUCUCAUGACACCACUGUUCGUGGUUUUCAGCCCGGUUUUGGUGCCGGCUGUGCUCACUAUCUGCUUGGCGGUGGUUGGGUUCUUGACAUCGGGAGCAUUUGGGAUAACUGCACUUUCUUCACUCUCUUGGCUCAUCAACUACAUGAGACGGAUGAGUGGAAGUAUGCCGGAGCAAUUGGAGCAGGCGAAGCGGCGCGUUCACGAGACGGCAGGGCACCUUGGGCACAAGGCAAGGGAGACCGGCCAGAAGACUCAAGAAGUAAUGAGACCUUAG